UGGUUGUAGCCAGUGAUCUGUGGUUGCAGCUUAUAUUUUGAUAACCUAAAAAAUAUUUAACUAUUAUUUACACAAAUAAAGCGACUUGUACCUUUUAAUACAUGUUUUGUGUAAUUUAUUAAGAAUUAAUACAACGAGUAAACUGCUAGUUUACUCUUAAAAUGGCACCAAAAACUGUGAAUGCUUCGGAUGAUACAGAUUCAGGUUCCGACUCUGACAGUGGUUCUAGUGGCAGCCGCAGCAAAAGUGCCAGCCCUGCACCGUCUGGGAAAGAGGGCAGUCAGUCUAGGUCUGUCUCACGAAGCCCACAAAAAUCAGGAAGUGAAUCUCCUAAAUCACACAAGUCUGGGAAAUCUGGACGAUCAGGACGCUCCAGGAAAUCUUCCAAUGCUUCAAAUGCUUCCCGAAGCAAGUCUAACUCCCCAGCUAAAUCUCAAAGAUCUGGUUCUGCACAGAGUAAUAAAUCUGGAUCAUCCAGUGCAAAGUCCAAUGCAUCAAAAUCACCCAGGGCUUCAAAAUCUCGAUCAAGAUCAAGAAGCGGGUCUGGCAGUGCUAGAUCACGUUCUGGUAGUCCAAAAUCUGGGCAACAAAGUCCAAAAUCACGUUCCCAAUCUCCCAAAUCAAGGUCCCAAAGCCCCAAAUCUCGCUCACAGAGUCCUAAAUCUCGAUCACAAAGCCCUAAGUCCAGAUCACAAAGUCCCAAAUCUAGGUCUCAGUCUCGUUCACCCAGCCCAAAGUCUCAAGGAGCGAAAAGUCGAUCACGUAGUGGUAGUGCUAAAAGUAGGAAGACCAGGUCAAGAUCAGGGAGUGCAUCAUCAAGGUCCAAGAGUCCUGCAAGGUCCAAAAGUCCUGCAAGACAAGAUGCUGCUGACAGUAGGUCUAAUUCACCAAAUCUUAUGAUUGAUGAUGGAGAUGCUAAGGAAAAAUCAAGAUCAAGAUCUGGUUCCAGACACUCAAAGUCUAGAUCUAGGAGUAAAUCAAAGUCCAAAAGUAGGUCAAGAUCACGCUCAAAAAGUUCUAAUGCUUCUGAAGGAGGUGAAGGAGAAAAGAAAAAAAGGGCCGUUCUGUCUGAUUCAGACAGUGGUGGCGAGGGCUCAAAGAGUGGUAAACGUAAGAAGGGCUCAGACAGUGGUUCCGAUACCAGCAGCAAGCCAAGUAAGAAGAAAUCUAAACAAAUUGUUGACUCAGAUGAUGAAAAUCAAGAAAAGGCUGAUACUGUAACGGCAGACGCAUUGUUUGGUGACGCGUCCGACAUAAGCACAGACAACGAAGCGGAGAAGGACAAAGGGUCAGAGAGAUCGCGCUCUCGAUCCAGAUCGCGGUCGAGGUCCAGGAGUCGCAGCCGCGGGAGAUCUGAUGAUGAGAGACGAUCUGGUGAUGAAGCGAAACGUAGCGGGGAUGAGCAGGAGGCGAAAAAACCUGAAGAAGAGGAAGAAGUGGAAAUCCCCGAGACCCGUAUAGACGUGGACAUGCCCAAGAUAUGGACAGAACUCGGCAAGGAGUUGCACUUUGUGAAGUUGCCCAAUUUCUUGUCAGUGGAGACGAGGCCUUAUGAUCCCAACACAUAUGAGGACGAGAUUGAUGAAGAGGAAACUUUGGACGAAGAGGGUAGAGCUAGGUUGAAAUUAAAAGUGGAGAACACAAUCCGCUGGCGCACGGCGUUCGACAAGGAGGGCAACGCCAUCAAGGAGUCCAACGCGCGCAUGGUCAAGUGGUCCGACGGCAGCAUGUCCCUGCACCUCGGCUCCGAGAUAUUCGACGUUUACAAACAGCCGUUGCUUGGCGACCACAACCACCUGUUCGUCCGCCAAGGCACAGGUCUGCAAGGCCAGGCCGUGUUCCGCACAAAGCUCUCCUUCAGGCCACACUCCACAGACUCCUUCACUCACAGGAAGAUGACAUUGUCUGUGGCCGACCGCUCCACCAAGACGUCUGCCAUCAAGAUACUGUCGCAGGUCGGCAGCGACCCGGACGCUGACAGGAAGUACCAGUUGAAGAAAGAGGAGAUGGAGCUCAGGGCUUCCAUGCGGUCGCGCGCGUCGACGCGACCCAAGCGGCGCGCCGGGGCCGCCAGCGGAGGCCGGGGCGCCGCCAGACACGACGACUCGGAGGACGAGGGCGGAGUCUCCCUCGCCGCUAUCAAGAACAAGUAUAAGGCCGGACAGAAGGCGAGCGCCGGCGCCGCCAUCUACUCGUCGGAGUCGGAGGGCUCGGACGUGGAGACGCACCGCGCGCGCCGCCUCGACCGCGCCAAGGCGCUCAAGGACUCCGACGACGACGGCAGCGACGCCGGCGAGACCACGCCGCGCAAGAGCCAGAGCGACUCCGCCUCCGCCAGCGGCAGUGAGUAGGGCAGGUAGGGCUCCUGUAGGUCUGUGCGACAUAUGACGACCAAUAGCGGCUGAGUUGGAGAUAUUUGUUUCGCCGUUCGAAAAGUGACGGAAUUUUACACGUUAACAAGUUUUUUUUUAAAAUUCUUUACAAGUUAGCCCUUGAUUACAAUCUCACCUGAUGGUAUUGAGCAGUCUCAAGAGCCAGAGCGAUUCCUCCGAUAGUGGCAGUGAAUAGGGCAGGUAGGGCUCCUGUAGGUCUGUUCGAUAUAUUGACGACCAAUAGCGGCUGAGUUAGAGAUAUAACUCUUGUUCGCUGUUCGAAAAGAGACUUAAUUUUACACGUUAACUGUAGGUCUAUGCGAUAUAUUGACGACCAAUAGCGGUUGAGUUGGAGAUAUUUGUUUCGUCGUUCGAAAAGUGACGUAAUUUUACACGUUAACAAGUUUUUUUUUAAAUUCUUUACAAGUUAGCUCUUGACUACAAUCUCACCUGAUGGUAUUAGAAGAGCAGUCUUAAGAGCCAGGGAGACUCCAACAAAUAUUUGGAUAUGUCAUCCGCCAUACAUUUUUAUUAGUUUUCGAAGUAUUAGCGUUGCUAGAAUGAGAACUGUAGCACGUUGAUUCUUUUUCUACAAACGCUUCGAAAAUUAAAAAAAUAUAUCAGAAUGACAUUUGUUAUCGACACGUCACGUGGUCAAGUUUUCGAUCGGAUCUGUCGUUCCCAAUCAUUUCGUAAGAUUUCGAAGCGUGAGCGUUUGUAGAAAGAGUUAAGAGUUUUCGAAGCGUUACCACAAUAUGGCUAACGCCUCUGAUGUGUAACUUGGUUACAGACCAGUAUAUGAUGUUCAAUAGCAUAUUAUCGCGUGAAGAGAAACAGGCGUAUUGUCGACCAAUAGCACGGCAUAUAGCUCUCUUUUUUUCCCCCAACGCAACGAAAGAGAGCGAUAUUUGAGAUCCAUCGCUUAUUGGUCGAAGUCUGUCGAUCGUCUUUAAAUAUAUCUUAAUCAUACAGCUCGAUUUAAUUUUCGAGAAUGUCUAUUUCAACUGUACCAUCAUUUAAGUUUGUCAAUAACAGAAUUUAAUUAUAAAAUACCGAGGGUAGUUUUGUUUAAGUGUAUAAAAUUGACGUCGUUUAGCAAAAUGAAAGAAAUUAUCAUUUGAAGCAAGUUGUUUUAACAUGUUAAAAUUACGAAUAUUAUAUAAGACCAAUGUAAAUAUUAUUAUAGCUAGUUAUUAAAUAAAUAAUUUAAAUACCUA